GUUAUCACAAAUUCGCUUCCACCAAAAUUUUUUAAAUCAUCAAGGGAUUUCAACAAAAUCAUCAUCAACGAUCUCAGAAACUAAUGCUGCUACAAUCAUAUAUCCUAGCUUAUUGGCGAUUAAUUAAGGAAGUUGCAUUCAAGGUUUCAGAAUUAGGGGCAUCCGAGGAACCUGGUGCGUAUUCACAUGAAGCGGCCUUUCCUCCAGCCGGAUCAGAAUCAUACCUUGACGCUGACGAAACUCAAUUCAUAACUCGUAAGCAGUCUAUGGAAGAUAUAUUCCCUUCGGUUUGGUCCCCCGAACUGCAGCAGCGUCAGUAAGGCUUCGCAUUCACCGAUCCCUUGGAUUAACUCCAUCAUCAGUGCUUCUCAAUUUUCGCAUUCUUUUUUGAAAUAAUUAGAUUGUAUGUCC